ACCAUUACACCAUCCACCACAACUCCAAAAAGAAAAAAAAAAAGAAAAAAAGUUCCACAACACCAUAAAACCCCAAAACCACCACUUCUACCAUCAAAGAAAGAAAACACAGAGAAACGUUCCUCUCUGAAACCAAUCGUGGCUGUAUAUAAAAGAGUUCUCAUUUCCGAUUCUUGAUAGAUCUAAACCUUAAUCAAGAAGAUAUGGUAUGUUUCUGUUUCUUGGUGGAUCAGAAGAGGAAAGUGAAGCGGAGCAAACCGGCGGCAGGAACUUGCUCACGGUGCGGCCAUGGCGCUAGCAUCGCCGACAUGAAGACGUCGACAAGAUUUUGUUUCCUUCCAAUUUACUGGAAAUCUUGGAGAGCCGUCGUUUGCAGUUUCUGUGGCUCUGUUCUUAAGUCCUACCGUUAAAAGAUUUUCCAGUUUAUUAACCACUAGAUUUUCAUUACUAUGUUUAACAUAAAUAUAAAAUAACAUAUAAAUAUAUAUGUAUGUGUGUGGGUAGUAUAGAGAUCAUAGGUUUUCUUUUGAAUAAAAUUCUACGAGUCUACGUGCAAGAGGAUUUUUUUGACAUGUUAAAACCUCUUGUAAUUAUUUAACGGAACUAUAUGGGUAGGGUCAUCGUAUAUAUAUAAUUAAUGAGGGUGAAAGUGAUUAGUGUUCUCAAUAUGAUUUUAAUAGUGUAAGAUGUUAUCUAAUUUGUAUAAUUGUUUUCCCGAUUAAUAUUACACAAGAGCUUUUUUGUUGUUAGUUGUUAGUAGCUUGAGUUAUUUGUAUCCAUAUAUGAAAGUUGAAAUGAAAUGAGAAUAUUGGUGUUGGCUAA